CUGAUCUCGGAGGGGGUAAUGGGGUUACAUCUUGGAGAGACCAGACCAGACCCGGCCCCCGUGGUGGGGGCUCCUCAAGUGGGGAUUAUAAAAGCGUCAAGAGGCCCACUCAAUGGAUUACUCGUGGUUGCCGGGAUGUCGUCGCCGUUGGUGCUCGUGUUAGCCCUGGUGUUAGGGUGUGUGGCUGGUCUACCCUCCGCCUCCCUGGAAUCGCCCAACUCUCGAAACUCCAUCCAGACCGGCGAUGACCUCAUGGACUCCAUCUACAGUGACUGCCUCAACAAGGGGUCGGUCUCCUGUGUCAAGUACAAACUCUUCUCCUUCGUCGACAAGGUGUUGAGCAGCAAGGAACAGUUCAGUCUGACAGAGGGAGUGACUGUAGUGAAGACGCCGGGUGCUGCCGUGGUCGGUGACGGAGCCCCUCGAGCUCUCACCCCUGAUGACGCCCAGAACACUGACGUUGAGUCCAUGGUCACCUCCAGGGUGGAACAGUUCCUGCAGACCCACACUGUCAAGAUCGACCUGAAGGGCAGUGACGUGCUGAACGCUGUGUCUUCAGCUGGCAGAGCUCUCGGAGACGCCGCAGACUCUCUGGGGCUCAGCGAUGACGAUGCCGAGGAAACUGGCAGGAAGAAGAUCAAGAAGAGUGGCAAGAUCCUGCUGCCCCUCCUGCUGAUGAUGAAGCUGAAGGCCGCCGCCUUGUUGCCGCUGAUCCUCGGUGCCAUCGCGCUGAUCGCUGGUAAGGCUCUCCUCAUCGGUAAGAUCGCUCUGCUACUGGCAUCUAUCAUCGCACUCAAGAAGCUCCUCAGCGGUCAGCAGAAGACCGUCACCUACGAGAUUGUCUCACACCCACAUCACUCCAGCAGCCACGAGCACCACGGCCACGACAGCUUCAGCAGCGGAGGUGGCGACAUCGGCGGCGGCGGCUACGGAGGCGGUGGUGGCCACGGCGGCUGGGGGCGGUCUGCGGACGCUCACGACAUUGCCUACAACGCGUACGCACCUGCCAAACAGUAAACAUACCAUACCGUGCCAAACCCACCAUAGCCGGCUCCGGACCAGCGGAGACCAGCCAGUACGCCAAUACUCAGUCUUGUUGUUCUCUUAAUUUAUUGUUACAUAAUUUAUUGUUACUGUUACUGUUUCUUGCCACUUGUUGUACAUACGGGCUUGCUGUUGUAUAUAAUAUUUAUUGUCUCAGGUCCACUGACAGACAGACCAAAGAUGUAUACAUAGCUGCCAUUAACAGACUUCUCACUCUGUGCUUAGUUGCUUUAUACAUAAUAAAUAGAUGUUUCUAUUUUGUAAAGAA